UUGUAUCAAAACAUUCACAACUCAAAGCUUUCUCCUUUCUUCUUCUUCGCUGCAUUUCUCUUACACAUUCACCACUUAACUACUUUGUUCAUAAUUCCAAACUCCCCCAUACAAUCUCAUUUGUUUUUUUUUCCCAACUAAAUCAACAAUAAUGGCUUUGAAGCUCAAUCCAACGUUAAGCUUCCCAUCAUCAUCACCUUACAAACUCCCUUCUCAAUCUCACUACUGUCUCAGAUCUCCAAGAGUCUCCAUGGCAUCUACUCUCCGCCCUCCUACCAUUAAAGAGGUUGAGAAUCUGAAGAAGCCCUAUUGUCCUCCACGAGAAGUACAUGUUCAAGUGACUCACUCCAUGCCACCACAAAAGAUGGAGAUAUUCAAAUCCUUGGAGGGUUGGGCUGAGCAGAACCUCUUGGUGCACCUAAAGCCCGUUGAGAAAUGUUGGCAACCAGUGGACUUUCUGCCUGAACCUGAAUCAGAAGGAUUCUAUGAGCAAGUCAAGGAGUUAAGGGAAAGAUGCAAGGAACUUCCAGAUGACUAUUUUGUUGUGUUGGUUGGAGAUAUGAUUACAGAAGAAGCCCUUCCUACUUACCAGACCAUGUUGAACACCCUGGAUGGGGUUCGAGAUGAGACUGGUGCUAGUCUCACUCCUUGGGCGAUUUGGACGAGGGCUUGGACUGCUGAAGAAAAUAGGCAUGGUGACCUCCUCAACAAGUAUCUUUACCUUUCUGGACGUGUAGACAUGAAGCAAAUUGAGAAGACAAUUCAGUAUCUAAUAGGUUCAGGAAUGGAUCCUAAAACAGAAAACAGCCCCUACCUUGGUUUCAUCUACACUUCAUUCCAAGAGAGGGCAACAUUUAUCUCCCAUGGGAACACUGCCAGGCUGGCCAAGGAGCAUGGUGACUUGAAACUGGCACAGAUAUGUGGCAUCAUUGCCUCUGAUGAGAAACGGCAUGAAACUGCUUAUACCAAGAUUGUGGAGAAGCUCUUUGAGAUUGACCCUGAUGGCACUGUCAUGGCUCUAGCUGACAUGAUGAAGAAGAAGGUGUCAAUGCCAGCCCACUUAAUGUAUGAUGGCCAGGAUGAUAACCUAUUUGAACACUUCUCAGCAGUUGCCCAGCGGGUUGGAGUCUACACAGCAAAGGACUAUGCUGAUAUUUUGGAAUUUCUGGUGGGAAGAUGGAAUGUUGAGAAGUUGACAGGUCUUUCUGGGGAGGGCUGUAAAGCUCAGGAUUUUGUCUGCGGAUUGCCUCCAAGAAUUAGGAGGUUGGAAGAGAGAGCUCAAGGAAGGGCUAAGCAAACAUCUAAUGUCCCUUUUAGCUGGGUUUUUGGUAGAGAAAUGAAGGUUUAAGUGCUGGCUGCACUAGAAGUUGAGUUUCAUUUUUAUGUACCUUCUGUGAGGAGAAGAUGGUUAGCCUACUUUGUGGUGAUGUUUUUGUAGAUACAUGUUUUCUGGUUGGUGACAUUAAAUAAACAAAAAAGGACUGCCAUAAUUGGGGUGCCUUUGUAUCUUUUUGUCUCUCUCUCUC